AUGAGUUCUGCUGUAGCUGAGAUUUUUGGUUGUGCAGUAAUGCUUCAAGCACAUUACCUUUGCAAAAUAGUAUCAACGGGGUUGAACAACAAAACGAACACUUUCUCUGGAUUCUCUACAGCGAGAGAGAAUUCGCCGCUCUCACCUAUGAACAAUUCGAUGCAAUGGUUUUAUUCAGAAAUGCUGGUGUGCGCCGAAGAGGUUCACAAGGCGCUCCAGCGCUUUAGUGGAAGGAUCCAUAAAACGCCUGUUAUCACCUGUGAGAGCAUAGACAAGAUAGCUGGAUGUAAAGUGUUUAUGAAAUGUGAGCAUCUCCAAAAAACUGGGAGUUUCAAAGCGAGGGGUGCUUUAAACGCCGUCCAGAAACUAAAGGACGAAGAAAAUGCGCUCGGAGUUGUGACUCACUCAUCUGGAAAUCAUGGCCAGGGCUUAGCUUGGGCUGCAGCACAAGCGGAACUGCCGUGUCGUGUGGCUGUUCCAAAGAAUGCGCCUCCCUCCAAGAUGGACGCGAUGAAAGGUUACGGCGCAUUGCUGGAGCUGUGCGAACCGACAAUAAAAAGCAGAGAAGAUACGUGCAACCGUCUAGCAAAGGAACUAGGAUAUUGCACUAUUGAACCUUUUGAUAACCAGGAUGUCAUAUGUGGACAAGGCACCUUAGGAGCAGAAAUAAUCGAACAAGUCCCAGAAGCUGAUGCGAUUUUCGUAGCCAUAGGUGGAGGUGGGUUGGCCAGUGGAGUAGCCGCUUACGUAUCAGAAGUCCGACCAGAUAUUAAAGUGUUCCUUGUUGAACCUGAGGGCAAAAGACUCAGCGAGUAUCUCAGAAAUGGAGAGAUAACCAAGGACAAGGAUGCUCUAGAUACAAUAGCAGACGGUAUCCGAGUGCUUAAAGUGGGAGAAAACUGCUAUCCUAUUUUAAAACGAACAAGUUCGGACAAGGUCAUUACAGUGAGUGAUCAAGAAAUCCGCGAAGCUUUAAAGCUGUUAUGGACAAGGACGAAGCAAAGAGUGGAACCUUCGGCGGCUGUGCCAUUAGCAGGAUUGCUAAAAGUUUCACCAGCUGAGCUCGGCCUCAAGAAAGUGGUGUUAAUAUUGUGCGGUGGUAAUGUAGAUAUUAAUUUCAUACCAUGA